AGAGAAAUGGUCGUGUGGCACAGAAAUGAAUAGACAAGACAUACGGCGCUUUCUUACGUCACAGAAUGAGAUCAAGUUUUAAGCAUUUGGCAAAAUUCAUAUUCAUCCAUUAAUUGUACCUCGCUGGAUGAAGAGAGCUAACCCUACAGCGAUAGAGACGGUUGUUACAGUUUCGUCUUUUUGAUGAAUAUAGAACCCACCAGUAUGGUCCACUGCUGAAUGUUUUUAAAAACAACUUUUUCAGAAAGUCAAGACUCGGGAGACUUCGCAUAAGGCAAAAUACAGUAAAUGGAAAGGCCAAAGUACACAAAACAGGAGAAGGAGAAGGGAUUUUCUCUAUAGAAAUCCCCGUGAAACCUUUCUCAUUGCUUCAGUGUAAGGAUUACAGGACAAGCACCACCAACAGAACAGGACUGCUGCUUUCCAGUAAACUUUGAAAGUCAUGUAUGGACUAUCAAUGGCAGAUGCAUUUGCUUCCAAGGACAGGGGCUUCCUGAAAUGCUUGUUUUUGCUGUUCUUAUCGGCAGUUACAGUAUGCCAAGGAAAGUCCUGGGACACCGUAAUCAGUGGGGAAAUCGGAAAAACAGUGACACUUCCUUGCAGCCUUACAGCAGUUCUUAAAGAAAGGCAGGAACUUUUGGUGAUAUACUGGCAGACUAAAGAUGAGGACGUGGUCCAUGAGUUCAGUAAGGGAAAAGAAGACUUGCAGCAUCUGGGCGAAGCAUAUAAGAACAGGACAAGAAUUUUUCUAGAUCAGUUGGAAAAAGGAAAUUUCUCUUUACAGAUAGCCCCAGUUAGACACACAGAUGACAAUGUUUACAUCUGCUACUUUAAUGAUGGCAGAGGCCCCAUGUCAAACCCAUGCACCGUUAAACUGGAAGUCACAGCAAGUUUUACAGACCCAUCAAUAAACCUAGGCCCUUGUUGGAAAAGUGAGGAACAAGUAGAAAGAAAUGUAAGUUGCAUUUCAAAUGGAGGAUAUCCAAAGCCUCAAGUACAUUGGACCAUACAGAAUGGAGAAACCCUUGUGCAUCCGCAGGGACAGACAAACUUUACAAAGGAUCCUGACAGUGGACUGUACAUUAUUGACAGUCAGGUGACUGUCAACCUUACUGAAGGGCUUACCAUCAGCUGCUCCAUUGAGAACCAGAAAACAGGAGAGAACAAAACAUCAUCUUUGCGAGGCUGUCUAAUCACAGACCCUCCUGGCUUCCCAGUAGAGAUUUUGCUUGGUGCAGCAGCAAUCGUAAUUGUAAUUGUUUUGGUGAUAGCUGGAGUUUUCGUCUGGAUCAAGUUUUUCAGCAAAAGAAACCCAGAUGCAAGUCAGUUAAAUGCAGUUUCAGAAGACCAGCAGUCAAGUUAUACUGUUGAAGUACAAGAACUGGGAAAGAAAGGGAAUGAGGAAAGACUUCCACUGAACAAAACAGAGAACAUUAAGCACACAAGUUGACAUGUUUACUGCAUAAAAAGGACCAAUCUAAUGCUGGCUAGGUGGUACGUGUGCUAAUUCAUUAGCCUCGCUGGAGAUGUGAGUUCAAAGUCAGAUCACAUCAGUGAAUUGACUGGUGAUCUCAGCCUAAUCCCAUGGACAUCACAAAACCACCACACAAUUUAGCACAAUUGCUUCUGCUCCCUGCUUGAGAAAGGUUGAGGACUGAAUGGCAGGGGGUGUUCAGGUCAGGACUGAGGUGGACUGGAAUCAUUGUGUUGUUGUCCUUCCCCUUUCAUGAGCACUGCAUUUGCCAAAUGUAUUUUUGUUUACGACUGUAAGUCGCCCUGGAUAAGGGCAUCUGCUAAGAAAUAAAUAAUGAUAAUAAUGUAGAAGAAAUUAAGGAGAUUAAGUAAGGAAAGAAUAUUGCUCUCAACACUUGGGAGAAGACUGCUAUUCACUUUUCUGGCUGGUGGUAUUAAUUUCUAAGUAGAACUUUAAGAAAAUCACCUGAGGACUGAAAUAAAAAAAAUGGAAGAAAAGAAAAUCCAAAAACAAGAACUGUAUUAGAUUAGCUUUCCACAUGCGAAACUGGUGUUCAUGCUGCACUCAAGACUGAUUCUUGGCCUGCAUCACCUUACAUUGCCCACUUGUUUGUGUUUACAUUAACGUAAAACAUUUUAAGACCUAAACAUCUUGAAAAGAGGCUGUGGUGUGCUAAAGUCUCUCCGGACCUUGAUUUUGAAAUUGCUUUAUUAAUUUAUUGCCUUCAUGCGAAGACUGUGUUAUUAAGGCAGAAAGAGAGGCCACUAAAACCUGCACUCAAUGAUGUACUGCACAGCCCAGUUUUAUCGGUAGAACUUGAUUAAGAAUGACUGCAAGGUUUAAGGUGAUGCAAUGACAGUCUUUAACUUAAUUUAGUUGUGAAAUUGGCAUGACCACUAACAAUUAAGUAAACAAAACUAGUCAUCACACUGAAGCUUCCAAGGUAUUUUGCUGUUACUGACAGAAUUCUAGUUUCAACUUUUCCACAUCUAUCUAUCUAUCUAUCUAUCUAUCUAUCUAUCUAUCUAUCUAUCUAUCUAUCUGUCUAUCUGUCUAUCUAUCUAUCUAUCAAAGUGAGCAGAGAACAAUUGGAGCAGCUAAAAUGAAUGGCAUUUUAAAUUAUGAAUACAUUUUUCUAUGAAUUCUUAUAAACAUAAUAAAAGUAAAAUACAUGCAAUACAAUAUUUAAGAGUUGCUUUGGUCUUUCAAUUAAAAUAUAGUGUAUUUGUUUUUGUAUUUCACUGAAGAAGUCUGUGGUGAAGUAAUUUACAAUAAUGUGAGUGCGGGUGCAGUGUGCUAUUUUGACAACAUAUUAAUGGGUCCUGGGCUAGUAAUAUUAACAUUUAAGGUGACCAAACCACUUUUGAAACACUGGUCCCAGUGUCCCCAGAACCUUUCUUGGGACGCUCAUUUCAUAUUGUAUUGUAUUUUCAUGCAGGCUUCUGUGUUUCUACCAUAUCUAACUUAUUACAGUACAACACUUGAUGUGACUAAAGAAGGUUGAACGACCAGUAGCAUUAAAAAGUACAGCGAGUGCAAAUCAUUAAGUAUGUUAUGUUGUUUUUAGCAAUGAAAUACAAUAGUUUCAGGUCUCCUGGUGCCAAUUUAAUGUCUUUAAAAACAUAUUUACAUUGAUAAUUGAGUACUGUAUAUGAUACAAAUAAUUUGGUGACCCCUUAUUUUUAUUUCUGUUAAAUGUAUAUUUUAUUCUGCAAAGUUUAAGAAGAAAAUAGAGAUAAUGGAGUACUCGAAUUUAAGAUUAAUGCUAUCUGUUGCAUACUGUAGGUGUGGUAGCUCUAAACGGUAUUUUACUUUAUCACAGCUUUUAGUUUAAAAGAAGAAAAACAAUGAUCCAAUCAGAAACUGCAAUAGAAAAAAUAUACAAAACAAAUACCAUGUCAUUGUGAUUUAAUAUUAAAAAAAAAGAUCCUAUGAAGUAACUAGGAUAGCAUAGAGAUAGAGUGAGACAGAAAGUGAAACUCAAAGAGAGAAGAUCCAGUUUCUUAGGCAGCAAAGGGAUUAGUUUUGCAGCAGUAAUCAGCAAUAAAGCAGAA